AUGAAUAGCCAAUUGCCGCUUGUCGGGCAAGCCACCGAUCUCAUCGUCAAUUAUGCUCGUGACUUCGACAGCCGGUUCAUGGCAAUGAUGAGCAGCCACUGGUUCUUAUCUGACCUUAUACAAAAUCCAAUAUCCCGCGUGAUUUCGGAAACGCUCUUCGUCACAUUCGUUGUGUUACUCUCAUAUGAGACGAUCUACUGGUCAGGCAUCUACCUAAAUUUGUGGGAGUAUCAUGCCAAGGACAUUUUCACCGAAGUCCCCAUCCACUGUGCUCAUGUCUAUGUGCGUCUCAAUAUAGCGGAGAAGAAGAACCUAGAGGCCAUUAGACAAUACUAUGACUUGAAGCAGCGCUCCACUUAUAACGUUUUGAACUGGAAGACUCUCAAUGAGCUUGGACUCCGAAUUUUCAAAUUGCGCCAAUUCGUCAAGUAUCAUUUUGAAUUCAGCCCUGAGGACUUUGAAGGAAACCCAGAACCAGAGCUCGGUUCCACUAUAGAGCACCUUCGCCAGAAAGUUCUCACUACAUUGCUUGCAUCGCCUUUGCCCACUCGCUUCGCUACAGACCAUCUUACAAAACACGAUGUUAUGAUAUUCAACAAUAUGUCCGCCGAAGUAGGUCCGGACAACGACAAGACCUAUCUAAGCAAGAUCCACAUCGAAACAGGAAAUGUAAUUGAUGCAAUUGUGCUCGUUUAA